GAUCACAGCCUGAGUGCGAACAGCGUAGACAUCCUUAGGAAAUCGUCGGAGGAACGCGAAUACCUUUAGAGCCCUGACAUGAUGUGCAAUUGGGAAUUUUGAGAUGCUGUUUUGUUCUUUCACCUACCCGGAUUCCCUUCAAAAUAUAUUUGCUUAACCACCAACCAGUGAACUAAUGAAAGCAGAGACGCCUCGUGCGUAAAGGAGCUUUUGGAGAUGGCGCGGAGCUUUUAACCAUCCUUACGAAUCAGGCUGUUCGCGAAACCAUUUUGGGCAUAUUCAGUGCUCAAAAGCAUCGCGUGUAAGCAUAUUUAAAGCUGUGUAUUAUUAAGUUUUGCAUACGCGGUAAGCAUGGAGUCCCUUCCUCUGCAGCAACGGCGAAGGGCGAAUGGACCAAUAAGUUUAACCUCAAGGAAAGUGCGUUCAGAUGGGGUUCUGUUUCGGUUCUUCGCUGGAGAAGCUUAACAGAUCUUCCACACUUAUGGCAAUGUUUAGCAGUGGUGAAUGGCUCUGGAAUGACUCUGAGCAUUCAUUUACCCCUGGGGGAAACUACAGCCCAGCAUCGGGUGUUGAAGAAGCGAAGAGGAAUUAUUAUGCCAUGCUCUAUUCCCUACUCAUCCUGGCUAUCGUGUUUGGGAAUGUUCUGGUGUGCAUUGCUGUGCUUCGAGAGAGAGCUCUUCAGACCACCACCAACUACCUGGUGGUUAGUCUGGCAGUGGCUGAUCUGUUGGUUGCCUCGUUGGUCAUGCCUUGGGCAGUUUAUUUGGAAGUGGUCGGCGGAGCUUGGCUUUUCAGUCGCCUGUACUGCAAUGUCUUUGUGACCCUGGAUGUGAUGAUGUGCACCGCAAGUAUACUCAAUCUGUGUGCCAUCAGCAUCGACAGGUAUACAGCUGUGGUGAUGCCCGUGUUAUACAACACCACCCACAGCUCCCGCAAAAGGGUUUCAGUCAUGAUUGCCACGGUUUGGGUCCUCGCCUUUGCCGUCUCCUGCCCUCUACUGUUUGGAUUCAACACUACAGAUGACCCUGCAGUGUGCUCAAUUUCGAACCCUGAUUUUGUUAUCUACUCCUCUGUGGUGUCGUUUUACUUGCCGUUUGCGGUGACUCUUCUGGUCUAUGUGCGCAUUUACAUCUUUCUCAGAAGGAGGAGGAAGAAAAUCACCUUCCGCCAAGGCAGUGGCAAAGUUCAGCCAGCAUCCGCUCCGCCAUCAGUGGAGACGUGUUUACAAGACGACGCUCACAAAGAGAAAAGAGACCUUUCCCCCAUCAGGAUCAAUGUGAUAACUGAAUGCAAGGAGCAGGUGAUCCGUCCGAGGCUCCUAGCCAACUGUCUGAGGCGCAAACGGCCUCAAACUGCACCUGCCGAGAACUCGCUGCUGCCUCCGGUGAUCACGCUGAAUUACUGCAGCAUUAGCCAGGCAUCCUUUGCUCGCACUGAACAAGAUGCAAACCGCGAGGGGGAGGAAGGUGGGGAUGAGGAGCAGGUGCCGGUGAGGAGCUGUGAAGUGAAGAAGUUGGCAAACGGACGCACGCACACAAGCCUGCGGCCGCCCCGGGCUGCACACGCCAUGGUUUGCCCCAGUCAGGCCCGCUGCAGAAGUAUGCACUCCAAGGAAAAGAAAGCCACGCAGAUGUUGGCCAUCGUUCUGGGGGUUUUUCUUAUUUGCUGGCUGCCUUUCUUUGUGACCCACAUCCUCAACACUCAUUGCAGAGCAUGUCACAUUCCUCCUGAGGUCUACAGCGCCUUCACUUGGCUCGGCUACGUCAACAGUGCUCUCAAUCCCGUCAUCUACACCACCUUCAACAUUGAGUUUCGCAGAGCCUUCAUUAAAAUCCUGAGCUGCUAAUCCAUUGGCUAUACUCCCAUAAAACGUUUGAUGCGCCUUUCAGACACUGUGGAUGCCAUUUUGGGAAGCAAAGUUCCAUAUGCAGAGGAUAUAUAAAAAGACUGUCUGAAUGUGCUCGAGGUGAUUUCACAGUCACUAUAAAGUGCACUACGCUUGCAAUCAGUGGAUAAGAAUUGAUUGAAAUCUUCUUCAAGUUCACAGGAGUACCAGUUGGUGCUUUACAUCCGACGUCAAAGCCUAGAAGAUCACUUUGUGUUCUCCAUCUCAGCACCUUGCCGCAUGUGGGCAAAUCCUGAGCUCAUUGUGUGUUUGCAUGUGUCUCUCCAUGGAUUAAGCUGAGAUGAGUUUUGCCUGAAACACCAGUUGAAACACAGCGGGGAAAACUGCAGUUUAUGUGGCUAUAAAAGGAUAGUGAUUUGUCAAAGGGACCAUAAAACAGGUGGACCAAAAAAGUGCGAAGGUAAAAGAUUGAAGACUGUGUUGUGCUUUUAUUGGAUUCGUGAAACAACUGCAUAUCAGAAGAGGUUAAGAAAAAAAAAAGGAAAUGGUUGUGAUUGUUAUGGAUGAAACAUGAUUAUAUUCCAUGAAUUAAAGCUACAUUGA